CUGCCGCCGCCACCGCGAUAAGGCGGUGCGCAAAAACGGGAGCCGGGAGAGGCUUCCGCGCCGGGCGGGGAUAAAACCGCGACCCCCUGGGGAGCCCCGCGCGCGCAACGGGUCCCGUGCAGCGCCACCCACAGAGGACAAUGUCCCUCCCGGCUGCCCUGACCCUGCCGGCUGCCCUGGCCCUGCCGGCUGCCCUGACCUUGCCGGCUGCCCUGGCGCUACCGGGUCGCCUGGCGCUCCUGUUCGCUGCCCUGCUCGUUGGAGAGACUUUAUCCGGCAACUCGGACUGCCUCUCCCAGCGGCUCGAGUGCGACUCCGACCCCAGCUGUGGUAGCGUGAUCGCCAUGCUGGAGUACAACUGUGACCCCACAGCGAGCGACCGCGACCCCGCGGCCGACCCGGUCGCGUCGGCCCACCGCUGCCGGGAACCCCACGACUGCCGCGCCACUCGCGCCUUCGCUCAGCUGCGCUGGCCCCGCCUGACCUCCUGCUCCUGCGGCGGAGGGGAGGAGGGGGACGGAGACCGGCACGGGGACCCCCGCGCGUGUCUCAGGCUCCGGGGCCUCUUCACGGAGGCGUGCGGGCCCGGACAGAGCGGGCCGGGCGGGGACCCGGGCCGCCCCCCUCGCCGCUGCGCGCCACCCUGGUGGCGCUGCCGGGACGAGGGCCCCUCCUGCCGCGCGGAGCUGGCGAAGGUGACGCGCGCCUGCGGCUCCCGCGCCGAGCGGCCGUGCCCGCGGUGCCAGGAGGCCGCGGCGGCACGGAGGGACGAGCGGUGCCGGCGGGCGUGGGAGGCGGCACGCAACGCCUCCUGCCUCCACCCGGCGCCCGGCGGCGGUGGCGGCGGCGGUGGUGGCGGUGCAGCCGAGGUGGCGUCCGCUCUCGCCGCCGCGCCCCUCGGCAAAGCCAAAGACACGGCGGGGAAGGCUUCCGCUGCGGACGCCUCGAGCGGCGCGGCCUGGAAGUCGAGCCGCCUCUACCAGCUCCAGCGCGGCCUGUCGGCCUCGUGCUCCCAGACGGUGCCGCUCUGCCUGGGGGACGCGCCCUGCAACCGGCGCGUGGUGGCGUUGGCGCGCUCCUGCGCCGCCCCCUGCGAGCCCGAGCGCUGCUUGGCCGCCACGCGGGACUUCUACCACGACAUGCCGUACCGCGUCGCCGAGCGCCUGCUGCUGUGCACCUGCGCCGCCUCCUCCUCCUCCUCCUCCUCUCCAUCCUCUUCAUCUUCCGCCGCGGCGGCUACGGAGGAGGACGAGGGGGAGGAUGCCGAGUGCCGGGACGUGCGUGCCGCUUUCCACCAGCAAGCCUGCAGCUCGGCGUCGCCCGGGCUGCCCGCCACCCCGCCGGGCUGCCUGGACGUGCUGGCCGCUUGCCAGGCCGACCCUCUGUGCAGCCAGCGCUACGCGAACUACGUGGGCAAGUGCGCUGGCGCGAGCCCCUACUGCACGCGUGACGAGGCGUGCCGGCGGGCGUACGUGGCCACGCGAGGCACCGUGCUGCAGAGGGCCUGCGCGUGCGGAGGGGGGGCGGCCGGCGACCGGGAGGCCUGCCUGCUCUUCUACAACGCGCUGCACAACGCGUCGCACCUCGUUGCUUGCGACAAGUUUCGCCUCGACGGCCUGGAACCGGUGGGGAACGCGGUCUCGGCAGGCUCCCUGGACAAGCUGAUUACAGCAUCGUCCAGUCUGGGGCCCCUGCUGUGGGCGCUGGCCUACUCUGGGGGGCUUCUGCUGGGUUCGGCGGUCGCCUGCCUCCUGCUGCUCAGGUGGCGGAACAGCGUGAAGCUGAAAAGACGCUCACCGCACUCAGAGAAGAGACCCAAGACCACGUCUGUCGACGCUUUAGGCAAAUGACAGUCACGGUUUAUGCGUCGUAAUUAUUGUCCGUGCAAUCACUGUAAUGCCGUGCGUGUGGUCGUGAAAUUAUUCCUAAAUAAUAAAAUACUCCGUCUUAUCUUCGUCGGGUAUGUGACGUUAUUUUUUUUGUCGCAUAGCGCGGUCGCGACUACACUUAAUGACAGUUUCAUUUUAUACAGCGUCGUUCAUGCCAACAGCAUCCCACAACGCUGUACAUGAAUUCUACAUAAGGACCGAAUCCCAUAUAUGCGAAAAAGCCCAACACACACACCGAGAAAAUGAAAAGCCUACGACUACCAAGCAGAAUCAACACAUUGAUAAACGAAUUAAGAAAUGACACCAAAACACAAAGUGCAAAUAACAAGAGAGUUAUUACAACCAACAACUUACACGGCUUCACUUCGCUCUGCUCGGUCGUAGUAGAUGCUUGCCAAAAUAAGAGCGCACAAAUUGAAACUGCCUGCCGAGUAGCGCACACAGCAAGGCCGGAGCCAUGGAGUCAACAUUAUUGGGGGGGACCAAAUCUUCCAGGGUGUCUGGGGGUCCCAACCCAGAAAAAUAUCUAUAUUUGAAAACUCAUUUCCUGUCUAAAAUAAAAUAAAAUUCACUAACACAUUGGAUGGAUUUUUUUUUACAAUAAUGUCUAAUAGUGUAUUGUAUUACAUUGUUCUGUUUUAACUUUUUUUUUUUACCAUUUCUUGUGUCAUUGUAUGUAAUGGCAGAGAUUAGGGAUUAAUAAAGUACAACUAUAAUCAUAUAAACAGAAAUCUAUGCAUUGAUUUAUAU